AUGAUCAAUGACACGCAGACUGGUAUUGACAACCCCGGCUUCUUCAGCCUCGACUAUCGUUCCUACGGUAGCAAAAUCGAUGAAGUCGCCUGUUGUCCAGGCUCACCGCUUCCCUUAACCGCAAAAGCCCUCGGUAAGAGCCACACGUAUCCGAACAUAUGGACAAAAGCAGACUCCCUGGCAAAAGCGGCUUAUUCCACAAUACUCGUUGAUCUUGGCCAGAAAGCAGCCUCCAAAUCCAACAUUCUCAGCGAUACUAAGUUGCUGACGCGAUACACGAAAAACUUCUCAACAGCCCGCAUGGCGAAUCUGAGAUCAGGUCCAGCGAAAGACAGUUACAGCACAUUAAGGGAAACGACGGGUAGCCUGGGCAUUGCACCGUCUGUCAUCGCUACAACGUACAUCUGUCAGGUCCCGCGGCUGAAACCAGCGGGGAAUCUUAUCGUUGCUAUCAUUGUAGCGGACCUUGUGCUGCUUCAGGCUGUAUGGCAGCUUUACAAGAUUUCAGCUGAAUUUUAUCUUGGUAAGACGAAUCGGGAGACGGCCCCGUGUGAGAGAUGCUCUGGUGUUGGGCAGGUAGAUGAUGCUGUACCGCCGUCUGUGCCGAGCCAGAGAGUGGGCUGA